AUGGCGAUGCAGGACGGAGGCAGCCUCGUGCUUGCACGCGAGUGGUUGGUGACACAUCUGUCGUCGAUCGAUAGGAACACGUUCGCCCAUUUCCGGGAACCCGCGAGGCUGCAGCACAAUGGCAGCAUAGCAGCAGUAAAUAGAUUGCAUCGCCAGGUAGGGAGCAGCCCGCAGAGCUCAUCAUCAUCAGGGUGCGCGUGCCUUGCCGCCGGUCACCAUAGAAAAUCGACCUGUGCUAGUACCAGCUGCGGCGGUGGUGCUGAUGCGUGCCGUACCCCUUCGGCUUCGGGCCCUCCCACUGCUACUGGCCGGCCGGGGCUCAACCUCACCUGCGACACCAACCACAGUCCGCCGCGGCUGCUGCUCGGCGACGGCACCCUCAGGGUCACCGCGAUAUUCCUCGCCAACAACACGGUGCGGGUGGUACGCGCAGGCCCCAUCAUAAACAUAACCGGCGACUUGUUCACCUCUGACGACGGCUGGAACGCCUCGCUCGAUUUCGGCCGCGGCUUCAGGGAGCACGGCUACCUGCUGUCGUCCCGAAACGAGCUCGUCGUCUUCGGAUGCAACGUGAUGGCGACGCUUUCCGCGGACGUCGUCGGGGAAGAAACCACCAAGAUCGUCAGCGGUUGUGCCUCCUUGUACUUCCUACAGAAAUUGUACGGCAAGGAAAGGUACUGCACCGGUACAUCGAGAUGCUGCGUGGCGUCCCUCAUUUCUGGCGGCGUGCCCAAAGCAGCUCAGGUCAGGUGGCUCUAUAGUGGCAACCACACCUUCGAGCAGACUCAGGAGCCUGUAACCGUGUUCGUCACGCCGUAUGGGUGGAUCGACGACUUGGCACAGUGGGUGGACGGAUUCAAGGAGGUCCCUCUUCUCCUCGAGUUCGGGGUCAAGCAGGGCUUGCCGCCGGCGUUGCCGCAAGGCAGCAUGCAUGACGGCUUGCACACAAGACGUGCAACGCAUGGUCUGCAAGAGUGAGCACAGCUCUUGCCAGGCCUGGGUCCACCAAGGCUACACGUGCUACUGCGACCAUGGUUACGACGGCAACCCUUACCUCGCCGGCGGGUGCCAAGGAUCGGUAGGGUGUAGAUCGGCAAGAUAAGGCAACGGUAACUGGUCUGCAGGAGAGUUGCCGAUGAGGAAGAUUGCCGAUGAAGGGACGAUUGAGUAUGGCUAAGUCAGGGAGUGGUGGCGCGUUCCUAACCGAUAGCCAGCAUCAAUGUUUGCCGUUGGCGAUAGCAGGAAGAUUGCCGAUAGCUCCGCGGGAGUUGCUGAUUGAUCCAUGGCAGUGUCUUGGUCGAUCAUGAGUUAAUAGUUUUGUGUUUUCCUUAGUUAUUUAGAUCGUUUUGUAUACGGGUUCUGUUUAAUUUGGAAUUCGAGUCUUAGUCGUGUCUGAUUGUAGCUCUUUGA